UAUCAUCGACGCUGUUGUCCACAGGCUCUAAAGACACUAUGAGUUUAAAGAAACUUUUGAUAUUUUUUACGCCCAUCCGGUGGCAUAAUCGGUGCAACAAGAGGGCGGCAGUGAUGAACUUUCAAGCUACAGUGAAUUCUGAACAAACUUCAAUGACAGCAUAUUUUAAUCCCAACUCUUAUGAGCGAUCCCAUAACUGGAUAAGAGAGGAAAACAUCAUCGCUUUGAAGAAGACAACCUUUCAAAACAAUUUUAUCCAGUGUCAAAAGAUCCUUGACGUUGGCUGCGGGACCGGAGACUUCACAAGUGAUGUGCUACUGCCCUGGAACCAACCCUGCCACUCGAUUGUAGCCGUCGACGCAUCCACGCUGAUGGUAGACUAUGCAAGAAGAAAUCACGCUCAUUCGCGAAUCCGCUACGAGGUCCUUGACAUAACGACGCCGGACGUUACCCUAUUCCUGGACAAACACGGCAAGUUUACUCGGAUCUACUCCUUCUGCUGCUUGAACUGGAUUAAAGACCAGGAGGCGGCGUUCAGGAACAUUGGCAGGCUCUUGACAGAUGAUGGAGAGUGCCUGCUUCUGUUCACUGCUCCAUUUUUUCUUUACGACGUUUGGCUAGAGAUGGCCAAAAUGGAACGCUGGAAAGACAUCAUUGGUGACACCAAGGACCUUUUCCCAAACAUCUGGCAUCGCGAUCCGUCACCAAGCAUGAACGAACUUGAGAAUGCUGUGCGACAAUUAAUUGUCGACGCAGGAAUGUCAACCCUUUCAUGCGAGUUCUAUUCGACAGUGGCACAUGUCCCCAGUUAUGCAGGAGUGCUUGACAUCCUGGUUCCGACUGUGUCUGUGAAAGCAGGCGCAUCGAAGGAGGAGACAUCAAACAUGAGGAGCGAACUGUCAUCCAGGCUGAUGAAGAGAUUCAAGAUGACACCCAACGGGUCAAGUAUCUACCUGAAGCGAAGAUUUUGAUCCAGACGCCGUUCUACACAGGUCAGGUUUCAGCGAAGUAUCGACAAUCUAUUGUGUUAUCUGGUGCUUGGGAACAUUCCGCAAGUCCGAAACGCGGACAAUCCAGACCCGAAUUGCGAAAAGACAAGUAAAGUGGCACAUGAGAUUUCAGACGACAAGGUCAAGUAGCGUCGAUGGUCCGAAAGGUGGUCUGAUGUUCACGGAGGGUCUGGCUCGGUCAAGGACAAUGUGAGGUCAUGUCCGGUGAUUCCAGCGGAAGUUGUCUAGGUACGAACGUGACGCGUAGUAGAGAAAAGAAAAACGAAGAGGCACGCCUGAAGGUACCGCAGGUUUCAAUGAUCAAUACAACUACAGAGGCGCUCACUAGAGAGCAGAGAGAAGAUGACACACUUAUUAAGUGUUUUGAUGUGGUUGGGCAAAUCACGAGAACGCCUAAGUCUAGGACGAAGUUUCAGUCCUUCGUGAAAAUCGACCUGUUCUACAGGUAUGUUGAGUACUCGUCAGGGAGGAAGACAACCCAACUGGUACUCCCGAAAUCCCGAAAAAGCUCUGACAGGCAGUGAUAACAU